GUUAACAGAUAAAUAAAUAAUGUAUAAUUAUUAUGCAAACAUAGCAACAACAACUUGGUAGUGAACGCCCAAGUGCACCGCGUCACAUACCCCGCCUCUCUCUGUCUCUCUCGACUCCAUCUCGUUAAACCGGUUUGAUUGGCAAGUUAAAGACCCGCCCUCUCCUCAUUUCCUCCUGUCUAUGCGGUGUGAAUGACACACCGAAGUCCCGCCCUCGUCUUUACGCUCCUCCCGCUGCUUUGUUUUGAUUGGCAGAUGAUAGCAGCGGCGGAGUGGUGGAGUCAUGGCGGAGCUCGUCCCUCAGAAGAUUCACGGGACUUUCUGACAGACUCUCAAACUUUAUAACAAAUAAAAUCAUGAUCGAAAGCGAGUUAAAGUGUCGGGCUCCGUCAGGCCACCUUCAGGCGACCGGAAACAGAAAACAAGCAAAGAUGUGAUACUCUCCGAACCGAGGGAAAAGUCAUUUGAGUCCGUUGAAACUCCACAAAUAUGGCUUCUUGUUUCUUUCAGUUUCACGCGAAAAACUCUUUAACGGGAGCUGCGGUGCUUUCGUUUCUGUAGCGAUGGAUCCGAAGCACAUCGAGUUGUUAGAGCAGGUCCAGCAGAAGUUGUCGGACUGCGUCACAGAUGUGGACCGGGUUCUGGAGCUGCUGGUCCGGUCCGGUAGUCUGAGCCCGGCCGAGCGGCUCGAGCUGGAGCAGAACUGCAGCGGCAGCGCGGAGAAGACCCGUCUGCUCGUCAAGAUGCUGGUGGAGAAGAAGGACAGAGAUCACUUCCAGGAGUUCUGCUGGGCUCUGGAGAAAACCCAGCCGCUUCUGCUCAGCUCUGUGCUGCCUGUGGACGAGCUCAACACGGGUUCCACGCACAGCGUUCUGUCUGCCAUGCCGUCUGACUCGGAGAGCAGCAGUUCACUCAGCAGUGUUGCAUCCUCCCCGCCUCCUGUACACCUGGACAAACACGGGAUGAGUGAGAAACUGGAGACUGUGAUCCUCCAGCUCAGACAGGUGACCCGUGAGAGAGAUGACUUACGGAAAAGACUCGCCCUCUCCUCACCCGGUACAACCUUUGAUGACUGCAGGCCGAGCGUGAAGUCGGGUCACGAUUACGAGCGUCUGAAGCUCCAGUGUAUGAAGGCCAUGUCAGAUCUACAGUCUCUUCAAAACCAGCACACCAAAACCCUGAAGAGAUGUGAAGAGGCCGCGAGGGACGCAGAGUACUACCAUACUCUUCACGGUCGUGCGGUCUGUGAACACGCUCAGCUGCGGGACGAGUCAGAGGCCAUGAAGCAGAACUACACGCUGCUCCUGCAACAGCACUCGCAGCUGCAGCAGACCUGCGACGAGCUGCAGCGUAUCCAUGACAGCGACCAGAGAGAGGUCGCAGACAUGCGCCUGCAGCAGCAACAGGUCAUGCGUGAGAACGGUUCCUCUGACCUUCUCAACAAACUCUAUGACGCGGCCCUCAGCAAGCUGGAGGUGAUGAAGCAGGAGAACGACGCCCUGAGGAAACGACACAACGAGAAGACGGCCAAUCACAGCGCAGACCUGAGUCGUCUGGAGCAGGUGGAGGAGGAGAACAGACGCCUGCAGAAACAGCUGGACGUUCUUCUGAAGCAGAGAGAUUCAACGCUUCAUUUCCAACAACAGUACAGCACUUCUGUCAUGAGGUUUGAGAACGUCCAGCAGGAGCUGAAUAAGCGCUCGGCUCAGAACGAGGACCUGCUGAGAGAAACGGAGCGUUUGCAGAUGGAGAGCACACGUCACAAGACCCUACAGCUGAAGGCCGUGAAGGACGCCGAGAAACUGAAGGAGGAGAGAGACUCCGUGCUGAGCGAGUACCGGCUGAUCAUGAGCGAGAGAGAUCAGGUCAUCAAAGAGGUGGAUAAACUUCAGAGCGGUUUAGAAGCGGCCGAGGCCAAACUCAAGAACACGUCCAGCGCGAGGAGAGUGGCGAGCGAGGAGAUGGAGGCGCUCCGACAGGAACUGAACUCCGCUCUGCUGGAUCGAGACCGAGCCAUCCGCGAGAAGACGGAACUGCUGGAGAAGUACUGUCACGAGGUUCAGGACAAGGCAGAGACGCAGAAAGAGCUGAGCCAGGCCUGUAGGGACAUCGAGACGGUGCGAGAAGAACGAGACGUGGCCCGUAAAGAGAGAACGGAAGCUAUCAUCCAGAGAGACCAGCUGCUGAGAGAAUACUAUCAGGCCAGACAGAAGCAGGACAGCGCGACGCUGGACAUGGAGCGGGUGAGUAAAGAGCUGGAGGUGUUGAGGAAGCAGUGUGAAGCCGUGUCUGAGGAGCUGCAGGAGGCCGUGCAGGACGCCGAGGUCGCAAAGUGUCGUCGAGACUGGGCCUUCCAGGAGAGAGACAAGAUCGUCGCGGAGAGAGAGAGCAUACGGACGUUGUGUGAUAAACUGCGGAGAGAGCGCGACCGAGCCGUGAGUGAUCUUGCUGAUGCGCUGCGUAACCUCGACGACCUGCGCAAACAAAAGAACGAUGCGGUGCGAGAGCUGAAGGAGCUCAAGGAGUGUAUGGAUGAGCAGAUGCAGCAGGAGGCACGUUUUCGUCAGUUGAUGGCUCAUAGUUCUCAUGACUCGGCUAUAGACACAGACUCUCUGGAGUGGGAGACGGAGACGGUUGAGUUUGAGAGAUGUUCGGACGACAUGGAUUUGAAUGCUCUGGGGUUUGAUAUUGCGGAGGGCAUGAGCGAUCCGUACUUACCCGGGGAUUAUGGGAUAUUUGUGAGCAAGGUGGACAAAGGAAGUAUUGCAGAGGGCAGGUUAAGGGUGAAUGAUUGGCUGCUGAAGAUGAACGAUGUGGAUCUGGCCAAUAAGGACAGAAAGCAGGUGAUUAAGGCGGUCUUCGGUGGGGGUGGAGUUAUCAACAUGGUGGUCUGCAGACGGAGGUCUCUAGGAGGAAGAAUGGUCACUUCUGUGCAUCUCACGCUCGCAGGUCACAAAGACUGUGGUGUUGGGUUGGAGAGUGGCGUGUUCGUCUCGUCUGUUUCUCCCGGCGGUCCGGCAGCCAGAGACGGUUCUGUGUGUCCCGGUGACCGACUUCUCAAUAUCAAUGGCAUUUCACUGGAUAAUAAAUCUCUGAGCGAGUGUGAGGACCUCCUGCACAGCUGUCGAGAUUCAGUGUCUGUCUCUAUUCUCAAGGUCUUUCCUCAUAGUUGGUCUGGUCAGAGCAUCUCCGAGCGGGACUGCGAGAGGACCUCAGCCGAUCAUUUGCGGCCCUGCAGGAAACAGCCAAUCAGCAGCCACUCCACCCAUAAGGACCUGUACAGCCCCACCCGCGACGUGGAAAGCGACCGCGGCCAGCCUCUGUAUCGCCCCGACCCCUAUCACGAGAUCUGCUGUUCUCAUCCCAACCCUAAACGCCCCCUGACCCUUCACCCCAUCUCCCCCGGCGACCGCGUGAUGGCUCAGGACAGGAGAUGCGUCCCCCAGAAGCAAAGCGGCGGCACCUGGCCUAAAGUGAUGGCUGUUGCCAUGACGACCGCAGACCCACCGCUCUCCAUUUUCAAGACUCCGCAAAAGAGGAAGUCGAUAUUUGAUACCGACGUGUUUAAAAGGCCGGAGACACCGUCUAAGCUGGACUACCUCAGUUUGUCUCAGAUGUCCACACAUUCCCCUCAGAGCUCGUGGUCAGAGGGUCCGCCGCAGAGACCCCCCGACCCCCCCAAACGCAGCGAUUCCUUCAAAUUCAAGCACAAGGCGCAGGGGAGCUCAGCAUCCGAUUCCACCAUCACCACUGGCUCGCCCCCAACCACGCCCGUUCAGACCACGCCUUCUGUCGGAGACAAAACCGCUCCUGAUGUCGAAGGGCGGGACCGCAAUGGGAAUGUUGUCCAGGGCUCAGCGUUCACAGAGGAGGUGUCUGAACACGAGGUGAGACGAGCGAGACCCAACUCGGCACCCGCCCAGCGCCGCAGUCUCACGCCCCUUAAAAUGCCAUGUCCGCAGAGCUUCUCUAAUGAUGAACAGUCUCCCGAGCCCGUGGACCUGGUACGCUUCUCACCUUUCCGUUCAAAUCGGCAUAGUGCCGCAUUCUCAUCUGCUCAUGCACACACCUCUCCCAGGACUCUCUCGCCAUACCCCGCUGUUACGGCGGUGAUGAGGAAUCCAGUAUACACGGCCUGGAGUCACUGUGUCAAAACCACUAACUCGCCUUCUGUUCCAGCACACACACACUCUCCAGUCAGUCCACAGCAUCAGGGCUGCUGGAGCGUGGAUCUCAACCACAAGCGUUCUGCGGACCUGUUGGAUAACCCUCGUGGAGCCGUACAACACAGCACCAACUCUCUGCCCUCCAGCGCCAGACAAGGUUUGUCUCAGGGGCAGCGUAUUAAAAUCCCGUCCACCCCUCGUUACACGCGCUCUCAGGGAUCUGACAGAGGUUCUCUGUCUCACUCCGACUGCAGCAGCCCCACUCUCGCAACCCCGCCCCUUUCUCCUCUAGACGCCGCCUCCUUCAGCAGCAGCCAAUCACAGGGCUCCAUCUUCACCCAGAGCAAAGCGUUAUUCAGUCCUGUGCAGACGGGUGAGCGGAGGAGAGACAGAUGUGCGUUACGUAACAGGUGUCACCUGAAGAUUCCUCGAGCUCAGAGGUCCACGUUCGCCUCUUUACGGACCUUGAGGCCGUACAUAGAGGAGCCGCGCUGUGUCACUAUCCCUAAAGGGGCGGAGCCUCUGGGCAUCUCCAUCGUGGGCGGGGAGAAUGGAGGCAUUUUCGUUUCUAAGGUAACGGGAGGCAGCAUUGCUCAGCAGCACCACCUGGAGUUUGGAGAUCAGCUGUUGGAGUUCAAUGGCAUUAAUCUGAGGAACGCCACCGAGCAGCAGGCGAGACUCAUCAUUGGUCAGCAGUGUGAUACCAUCACCAUACUGGCGCAAUACAACCCUCACAUGUACCAGCUGGGCAAUCCCUCUCGAUCCGGCUCCAGGAUGGAAUCCUCUGCGAGUUCUCACUCAACCCCGGGUACGCCCGACACACACUCAAAAGACACACUCAGUGAACAUGAUGAGGAAUCCCCGCCCUCCAAACAGACCACGCCCACAUCCAGCCCACACAGAGGGGAUCGGAGUGAAGGCAGGAAGCAGGCGGAGCCGAGGACGGUGACGGUGAGGAAGACUCGGGUGGAUUUGGGCCUGAAGAUCUGCGGAGGGAAUCUGACGGGAGUGUUCGUGGAAAGCUUAGAAGACGACAGUCCUGCCAGAGGAGCCGACGGCCUGCAGCCCGGAGACAUUCUACUGGAGUGCAACUCUGUUAGCUUGAAGAAUAAGACUGCUGAGGAGGUGUACCUGGAGAUCCUGAAACCAGCCGAGAGCGUCACCCUCACGGCCCAGAGCCGACCCCAACACUUCCGAAAAAUCAAAGACGCACCUGGAGAUGGUUUUUACAUCAGGGCGCUAUUUGACCACGUCGGCGGGUCAGAGCAAGAGUUAAGCUUCAAGAAAGAUGAUAUUGUCUAUGUGGAUGACACGCUGCCCAGGGAAAAUUUCGGCUACUGGUUGGCAUGGCAACUGGAUGAGAACGCACAGAAACUAGUGCGCGGACACGUGCCCAGCAGGUGCAUAAUGGAUCAGGACUGUCAGCGUGGGUACAGUGUCGGUGACAGUAAAGAUGAGAGCAGUUCUGGUAAAUCGCUCUCUGCGGCGGCUCGUCGGUCCUUCUUCCGCCGCAAACUGAAACACAAGCGCAGCGGCUCUAGAGACGGUCGGGACGCUCCUGCAGCUGACGCCAUCAGCACCGACUCCGUGUCCUUCAUGGAGGAUUGCGUCAGUCCGGCGUAUCAGCGUGUGCAGAAAGUGGAAUCGACCAAUCCACGGCCGGUGUUGUUAUUGGGGCCGCUUGUUGAGCCAAUCAAAGAGAUGCUGCUCAGAGAGGCUCCUGGGAAAUACUGCCGCUGUUUACCUGAGGGGAUGAAGGCGACCCAGCAGGCCAUUGAGCGAGGAGUUAAAGACUGUCUCUUCAUCGAUUAUAAACGCAGGAGCGGACACUUUGACGUGACCACAGUGGCGUCUAUUAAAGAAAUUUCAGAGAAGAACUGUCACUGUCUGCUGGACAUCGCACCUCACGCCAUCGAGCGCCUGCAUGUCGUCAGCAUUUACCCCAUCGUCCUUUUUAUACGAUACAAAAACGCCAAACAGAUCAAGGAGCAGAAAGAUCCGGUGUACCUGCGGGAGAAAGUGUCACAGAAACAUUCCAGAGAGCAGUUUGAGUCUGCACAGAGGAUUGAACAAGACUACAGCAAAUACUUCACAGGUGUGGUUCAGGGCGGGAGUUUGUCCUCAAUGUGCGCUCACAUCAGGGCUGUUGUGGACCAGGAACAGAACAAAGUUCUUUGGGUUCCUGAUGGGACCACGUGAAUAAACCGCAGAACAAAACCUAGACUACGACUCCAGAAGUGUGUAACAGAAACACAACAUCCAUCAUGAAAUCUGGAGCGGUUACACUGUCAUACACUGCUGUAAAUCUCACUGCGUGUAGGGCUGGUGAUGUGCUGACCUCAUCAUAUAUUCACACGGAUUUUACUGCUGAUAUUGUCAAUGUGUCAAUGUUUAUAUUCGUUUAUAUUCGAGAUCCUCAGAACUGAAGGUGAAACAUUCACAGGCGAGUUUGCUUGAAACUGUGUGUUUUAACACAUGAAAGAACGAGAACUUAAAGGAACACUUCACCCAAAAAUGAAAAUUCUGUCAUCAUUUACUGUUCCAAACCUGUCUGAAUUUCUUUGUUCU